GGUUGCCUCCCAAUCAAUUACCCUGAUUAUAAUGCCCAGCCUGCUUCGGCUCAAGUUUCGGUGGCUUUAAAACCCAUGGCCUGCUCAGUUCAAGAGAACAAUCCGAACUCACAAUGCAGAUCGAAGACUGCCCCAUAAUCGGCGUAAACGUCCGGGUGUGGCUGUUCUGGGCCUACCUCCGGGAGCGGAAGUGGCUCAGUUACCUCCUCGGCUGCAUUCCGGUGACCGUGCUGAACGUGUUCCAGUUUAUGAACCUGUUUCACAUAAUCCUUUCCGGUGGCACCAUGAACAAAAUCAUCAUCGACGGAUAUUUCACCGUGCUGUACUUCAACCUUGUGUUGAGAACCACGUUUUUGUUGACGAAUCGGAGUAAGUUUGAACAAUUCUUCGAGGGAAUCGCCGCCGAGUAUGCAAAGUUGGAAAAACGAAACGACAUUCGUCUGUUGCUGGAGCAGCUGACCCGUCGAGCCCGGAUUCUGUCCAAAUCGAACCUCUGGCUGGGAGCGUUCAUCAGUGCGUGCUUCGUGACGUAUCCGCUUUUUUCACCGGACAGUGGUCUCCCGUACGGAGUGUACGUCCCCGGGGUCAACAUGCAAAGCUCGCCCACGUACGAAAUUGUGUUUUUUCUGCAAGUGUACCUCACGUUUCCGGCGUGCUGCAUGUACAUUCCGUUUACCAGUUUUUACUGCACCUGCACGCUGUUUGGACUGGUCCGGAUUGCCGCCCUUAAGGAGUCCCUCGAGCGGCUUCACCAGUUUAGUUCCGAGCCCAAAACGCUGCUUGCCAAGGUGAAAGAGUGUCUGCAGUAUCACAAGGAAAUCAUCAAAUACAUCCGUGACCUCAACGAACUUGUGACCUUCAUCUUUCUGCUGGAGUUGCUAUCGUUUGGGAUGAUGCUAUGCGCCUUGCUGUUUCUACUUAGCACCAGCAAUCAACUGGCCCAGAUGGUGAUGAUCGGAUCGUACAUCUUUAUGAUUCUGUCCCAGAUGUACGCCCUGUACUGGCACUCAAAUGAGGUGCUCGAGCAGAGUCUUAAAAUCGCUGACUCACUGUACUACAACGGCAACUGGUUGAAAUUUUCUACACCAGUCAAAAAGUUGAUGAUUUUGAUGAUUGCUCGUGCUCAAAGACCUUUGGUGAUAAAAGUUGGCAAUGUUUAUCCGAUGACCUUGGAAAUGUUUCAAAAGUUGAUCAAUGCCUCGUAUUCGUACUUUACGUUGCUGCGUCGUGUUUACAACUAAAUUUGAAUCAAUUGUUGACUAUUUUAAAAAUGUAUGACAAAAUUUCCACAAUAAAAAAAUGAAGU